GUUUCUUUCUAGGCGUUAGAAGCUAAUGGCUAUUUACAUCCUAACAGCUAUUCAAAUGCAAUUAAACUGCGAAACAGAUCAAUUUACAAUAAGUGUUUUGAAUUAUUCAAUCCAAUCAUCAAUCCUAUGAGCAAUGAACUUAGAAUAGCUUCUCGACGGUGUAUUGUAAUGGCGAAUCAUCAAAGGAACAAUGAAGUUGCGUUGUUAAAAAGAAGUCGUUUGGAAAUGUUUGAAGAGGUUCAACGUUUUAAGGAUUCCGUAAGCAAUUGUACCACGAGUUCUAAUCAUCUACCAUAUUCGGAAUGUCUUAAUAAUGUUAUUCGAAUUGAUCGGGAAAUUGUUGAUAGAAUUUCUUCAAGAUUUGAUUCAUCUACUGAGAGAGAAAGGCGAAUUGAAGACGAAAAACAAAAUUGCAUACGAAGAGCCGUUAGCAGGAGUCAAGAUAAAACGUCAGGAGCAUUUAGAAACUUAGAGAGUUGUCUUUCUAAUGUAAGAAACUAUAAAUGAUUAAGAUGUACUCAAAAGGCUCUGAUAAAUUUAUGAAAUAUAAAAAUAAUUAACUCUGAAA